AUGGAGUCAUCGGGCGUAUUCACCUCCAUCGCUUCGAAUAUUUCGGGUCUCCAGCUUGCGGUCUGCGUCAUCGCCGGGCUCUUCUGCGCCUUCUACGCCGUGCGGCCCUUGCUAUCCCCGUUACGAUCCAUCCCGGGGCCGUUCUUGGCGCGUUACACGGACGCCUGGUUUCUAUGGCGAGUGCACAAAGGCCAUCUGGAGCAGGAUUUCGUAUCACUUCAUAGAAAACACGGCGCGAUCGUAAGAUACGGUCCCAACAGAUACAGCUUCAAGGACUUGGAGGCGCCCAAGAUCAUCUUCGGUCAUGGACACUCGUUCCUCAAGAGCCCGAUGUAUCAUGCGUUCUCGGCCCCGGGCCUGCAAGAAUGGAACAUGUUCGCCGUCCAGGACGCCAAAGUGCACGCCCAGCUGCGCCGGCAGCUCCAGCACACGUACUCCCUGACCGCCCUCGUCUCGUACGAGCCGUACGUGGACGAGUGCGCCCGGAUGUUCAAGCAGCGCCUCCAGGAGGUCUCCGUCGCCGGUCUGCCGAUCGACCUUGGCCACUGGCUCCAGUGCUACGCCUUCGACGUCAUCGGCCUCAUCACCUUUGGGAGCAGGUUCGGCUUCCUCGACCGCGGCGAGGACGUCCACGGCGUCAUCUCCGCCCUCGGGACCUCGCUGCGGGACUCCACGUACCUCGCCCCGUAUCCGUCCCUCCUCGUACCCGCGACCUUCCUGCGCGGCUGGCUGUCCGGAGGCAAGUCCGGGUUCGACUACGUCAACGGGUUCGCCCAGCGGAACAUCGAUAGGUUCCGCGUCGACUCCAAGACGGCGGCCGGGGAGCCGAGGCCGGAGCUGGAGAAGGGAGACGGGGCGGGCGGGAUGCAAUCGUUCCUCGAGAAGUUUCUCCGGAAGCACGAGGCGGACCCGGCCGGCUUCACGAACAUGCACGUCUUCUCCGGCUGCGGCGCCAACGUGGGAGCGGGCUCCGACACGACGGGCAUCAGCCUGGCCGCCAUUUUCUAUCACCUGAUGAGGCGCCCCGAGUGCUACCGGAAGCUGCGCCAAGAGGCCGACGCGGUCCAGCCGGCCCGGGACAAGGACUUCGCCUUCCACGAGACCCGCGACAUGCCCUAUCUCCAAGCCGUGGUCAAGGAGGCCCUGCGCAUCCACCCGGCCUUCGGCAUGCCCCUCGAGCGGGUGGUCCCCGAGGGCGGUGCCACCAUCGCCGGUCGAUUCUUUCCGGCGGGCAGGAGGGUGUCCGUACACUGCUGGGUAGAGAACAGGAACGAGCUCAUCUUUGAAGACCCGGACGAGUUCCGGCCGGAGAGGUGGCUCGUCGAGGACGAAACAAAGCUCGCGCUCAUGAACCGACAUUGGAUCCCGUUCGGACUCGGCACCCGGACAUGCAUCGGCAGGCACAUAUCCAUGCUAGAGAUCGCCAAGCUGGUCCCCCGCAUCGUCCGCGACUUCGACCUCGAGCUCCGGGACGGGGCCGGCCGGCCGUGGGAGACGGAAAACAUGACCUUUGUGAAGCCGAACGGUUUCAUGGUCGCCGUCGCAGCCCGCGGUGGGUAG